CGGUGGUCACAUUGCGAGGAGCGGCCGCGACCUUGGAAUUGAGUUGCGUGCCGUUCGUUCACAGACAGCGGAAUCUGAAAAUCAGAAUCACUUUCGUUGUGUCUAGUGGUGGUGUUCAGGUGCAUAGGUUGACGCACGCGAAUUAUUCAUAGCAAUCCGAACAAGCUCGAAGAGUAAGGUGAGCGGAAUCGCAUCUCUCGCCUGCCUUGAACGAUUUCACCGUCUUUCGGUGAAUGAAUGGGACAAAAGGUGUAUCUCCAGAAGUGUGAAAAAAAAAAAAAAUUGCCACAACGUCGACGCCUCGCGAGUGAAAGUUGUUACAAAGUGUGAGUUUGCGACAUGAAUGUGUCUUUUGCGGGUUGCGGUUUCUUGGGAAUCUACCACGUUGGAGUUGCCAGUGCUCUUCGUGAAUAUGCGUCGCAAGUCUGCGUUGGAAAGAUCGCCGGUGCUUCGGCUGGUUCGUUGGCAGCUGCUGCCCUCAUCUGUGACGUACCUUGCGGAGAGAGCACAACGUACGUACUACACAUAGCUGUAAAGGCCCGCCAGCGAGCUCUGGGACCUUUCCACCCGGGCUUCGACGUCGACAGCAUCAUCCACGAGGGGCUUUCAAAUCUGUUGCCAGACAACGCCCACAAGCUGUGCAGUGGUCGGCUAUACGUUUCUCUUACCAGAAUCUCAGACGGCAAAAAUGUCCUCAUCUCUCAGUUUGACACCAAAGAAGAGCUCAUACAGGUCUUGAAAUGCAGCUGCUUCAUCCCAUUUUACUCGGGCCUUUUUCCACCCAAGAUCAAUGGCGUGGCGUACGUGGAUGGAGGUUUUAGCGACAACCUUCCAAAUUUGGACGAGAACACGAUCACGGUUUCCCCAUUUGCCGGUGAGAGCGAUAUCUGCCCCAUUGAUGACAACUUCAAUCUGCUCCAGAUCAACCUUUGUAAUACCAGUAUCACCCUAUCACCUGGCAACCUCUACCGUUUCACGAGAAUCCUGUUCCCGCCGAAUCCGGAGAUUUUGAGUCGAAUGUGCAAACAGGGCUUUGACGAUGCCGUGAGGUUUCUUCAGAAGCAAAACAUGAUCUCGUGCACACGUUGCUUGGCAGUCCAGUCAAGCUUGGUCAUGGCAGACUCCAACACAGAAUCCGAAUCGGAUUCUCACCCGUUUGACGACUGCAACGAAUGUAAAGAGAGACAGCAGUUGGCGCUGACUGAAAGUUUACCGGAUGCAAUCGUUAAAGCACUUCAACAUGCGUCGGACCAGCUCGACAAAGGUGUUAUCAACUGGCUCUUUCGGCAUCGCCCUAUGAAAUUUAUUUCCUUCCUGACAAUCCCAUAUGUCUUGCCAAUCGACAUUACUAUCGUUGUGUGCUGCAAGUUGUGGCAGUUGUUGCCAAAGCUGCAGAAGGAGAUGCAAACCAGUUUGUACCAGUUGCUCAACGCUGCCAAGAACAUCGUCACCAAAUUCCAGGACACCAAGGGCCUGCACAAUGCUAAGUUUUCGUGUCAGUUAGCCCUCACGGAAUUCAACUACAGCCCCAACGAGCCAGUAGCUCCGAGGUCUCGACAACACACUCCUGCACGCAGCAUGCAGCCAAGUACGGUAGCUGCACCCAAAAAACUCUCGGAAGGUACGAAGCUCCUUGAACAGCGGAGCCGAAGCCUCGAAAACAUAGCUGCGGCUGUACCGGACGCGACACCGCCUUGUCCGCCUCAGGCACAGAGGAAAUCCUACGCCGGAUUGUCCUUCCAGCGAGCGCAGAAGGAUACGGAACGUGUGAUCGGCACUAUGAACUUCGGCUUUACGAUGAGCCUCUCUCAGCUACCACGGCAAGUUAAAGGCAGAAGUGACAGCCGCACGAGUGUCAUCGAAUCUCUACGAAAGCUCGAGGAUCCCACCGAAAACCUAGACGCAAUAAAACUGACAAACCAGGCCCUCGACUGGGAACGAGAGUGCCUCGAACAGGCAGAGCCACAUAACGUGGACGAGUUCGACGAAAUACUGAGGGUGACUCAGGACAAUGAGGCACUGAUGGCCUACUAUUAUACGGACGAUGAAGAUGGACAUGAACGAGUCAGGGUGACCGAGAUCUUCAGCGUUAAUUCUAGGGAGGGCUCCGUUGAAGACAGUACCUCGUGGGAUCUCGGAAACGUCUCUCGGCCAUCUGCGUCAGCGUUGUCCUCGUCGGAGAGCAAGGUGCUUUCCCGGAAAGUUCCUCGUAGAAAGAUGUCAUUCGUGCCCACGUCCAGGCCAACGAUUUGAGCGUCCCAACUUCUGUCGGUUUUCAAGGUGCUUCGCAAGUUGUACAGUGUGAAACAAAGACUGCUUACUGAGUUAACUGAACCACGUAAACAUCAGUGGCUUUUGAAAGCUGUGGUUUGUGCAUCUUUAUGGUGGACAAGAACUGUGUACCCAUGUCCGAUACCUUCAAAGACUUUUCGUAUUUAUAGCAUCCUAACUUAUUUAUGCAGGGCAGUUACCUGUUGAUGUGACGAAAUCAAAAGCAUUCAGUAAUUAAUAAAGCUUGAAACAUUCCAUAA